AUGACGGAUCACAGCAACAACUCAAUCAACCUCUACACCUGGGGUGUCUCUACAUUCGCCGCUGUCGGAUCUCUGCUAUACGGUAUCGACUCUGGUAUUAUUUCCACUACAAUCGCACAGGACACCUUCCUAGAAUACUUUGCACCAUUUGACCCAUCUAUCAAAGGCGCUGUUGUAUCUACCUUCGGUGCUGGCUCCUUCUUCGGCGUGUUAUUAGCUGGAUGGUCAGCCGACAAAUAUGGUGUGUGCAAGACCAUCUCAGGAUCUAUGUCGGGUUCGUCCGCUAAGUUUAUAGGUCGUAAGAGGACCAUACAGUUUGCCGCUCUUGUGGCCUUGAUCUCUGGGAUUGUACAGGCAGCGGCAGUCAAUGUAUCAAUGUUAAUAGUAGGCCGGAUCCUCGGCGGAUUCGCGGUUGGAGUAAUGAACCUGGCAAUUCCCAUCUAUAAUAGCGAAAUUGCGCCGCCGUCAAAAAGAGGCAUGGUGACUGGUCUCCAUGCACAAUUUGUAGGUUUCGGGUUUGCGGCCGCAAAUUGGAUCGGUUUUGGGUCCGGCUAUGCUAGCGGCUCUUUUAAAUGGCGCUUCCCCCUCGCGUUUCAAUGUGUCCCAGCGAUCAUUCUCCUGCUCGGUAGCUAUUGGCUUCCUUUCUCGCCCCGCUGGCUACUUGAACGCGAACGUGACGAGGAGGCAUUCGAGAUCGUAAAGCGUCUUCAUUCCGGCAGCGGACAGGAUGAUGUUGAGCUGCGUAUGGAGUUUGACAGGAUGAGGGAGCAGAUCAGGUACGAUAAUGCGGUGAAUGUUAGGAGUGUGAGGGAGCUUGUGACGAAGAAGAGCUAUCGGAAGCGAUUGGCGCUAGCUAUUACAGUCCAGGUUUUUACACAGCUAAGUGGAAUUAACAUCCUUUGCCUCCUUUACGUCGACACCUGGGGCCGCAAAAAGUCUCUAUAUAUCACCGGUCUCCUAAUGGCCAUUGACAUGUCGCUCAUAAUGUCACUCACCGCCGCCUUCGCCACCGGCACCAACCGUGUCGGUCAAGGCUGGGCCAUUGCCUUUAUAUUUCUCUUCUCCAUCAUCUAUUCGAUGGGCUUCAACAGUAUCCACAUCAUCUAUGUCCCCGAGAUCCUCAACCAGGCUAUCCGCGCCCAGGGUAGUAGUCUGUCCAUCAUGUGCAAUGUGUUAAUUAAUAUCCUGUUCAACCAAGUCUCGCCCAUCGCAUUUGCAAACAUCGGGUGGAGAUAUUACAGUGUAUUUAUAGUCACGAAUGUGCUUGGGGCGGUGACCGUGUGGAGCUGGUUUCCGGAGACAAAGGGGAGGAGCUUGGAGGAGGUUGGGGCACUUUUUGGGGAGGAGAUCGUGGUGGAGAGUGAUAUAGUUGCGGCCAAACUAGCGGUGGAAGAGGAGGAAGAGGUGGGCAUCGCAAGGAGGGGAACUUGA